AUUCUCCAACUGGGGGUUCCGAUUCCUAAGGAAGAAAUUUUGUUCAUCAAACUUACUAGGAAGGAAAGCAAUUGCUAUAAUCAAAGUCAAAGUCAUUGGAAAGAACCAAGAAGCCAGUGUUCUGCCCUUCCAUCCAUCAGUUUUUCCCUAGGUCUUCUCUUCUCUUUUUUCUUAGUUCUCCCCUUCCUCAAAGUCUUUCUAUAAUUUCUUCUUCUGUUCUAUUCUCUACUGUUCGCUGCACUCUCCGUCUACCAUGGCUUCUGCAACUUUGUCCGCAGUUGCAGGAUCUAUUCUUUCACCGUUGACUGACAUAUGUUUGGAGAACUUGAUCGAUUAUCUAUGGAAAUAUCUAUCAUCAUCACCAUCAUCAUCAUCCUCUGAAGAAGCAGAAAAACAGCAACAACUGAAGGAUUCAUUGGAAGCCUUGGAAGAUUCCAAGUGGUUUGUUGAGUCAGUGAACAGCAGAAUCAUGAUGUUGUUUGAAAAACAUAAGCAAAACAACAGGGUGGUCAAUUUGCAUGCCAAACUCAAAGGUGUUGGUUAUGACAUACAAGACUUGGAAUCAGAGAUGAAGUACAUGGAGUUGGAGAGAAAGGUGGAGGAGAUCAACAAGGCUGAUCAAAAAGAUGACACUACUUCUGGCCAAUCUAGUAGAGGAGGACUAAAGCGCUUGAUUCCUUUUCGUCUACCAACUUCCUCAUCAAGUGAGAAAAAACGUCGCCUUCCGACAGCAGCGCAAUCCUCAACUCUGUCAACAGAUGAUGACAUUUUGACAAAGAUUACUAGUAUUAUAAAACAAUUUACGAGCAUUAAAUCAAAAUUGGAGGAAGAAAUCAUGUUGGAAGAAUGGUUUGACCAGAUCAAGUUGAAUGGUGUUUAUGAUCCAUGGGAACAACAUCACUCCCCUCAAAACGAACGUGUCACCACGUCAUCAACAAAUGGAAGGAAGAUAUAUGGUCGAAAGAAUGAGUUACAAUGGUUGAUUGAGUUUCUCAUAGGGCCAAAUCUCAACAAUAGUACUGUUUCUGUUGCACCAAUAGUUGGGAUAGGUGGUAUUGGAAAAACUACUUUGGCUCAGUUUGUCUUUGACCAUACAGAAAUAGAAAACAAUUUUGACAAAAAAGGGUGGAUAUUUGUAUCAAGUCACUUUGAUAGAUUCAGAAUCAUCAGAGAAAUGGUAGAGAUUAUUUCCCCCACUAGUGAACGUUGUAGCACCACCAAUUUGGAUCUUCUUGAGAGACAACUCAAGUGUCAUCUAGAAGGGAAGAAAUUUCUAUUGGUGCUUGAUGAUGUUUGGUCUGAUGAAUGGCAACAACUCUUUGGACUUCUCCAAUCCACAAAAGCACAGGCUAUUAAAAUCAUUGUGACUUGUAGAAAUCCUACAGUAUUAAAAAGCAUAGAUAAAAAAAAUAUAAUUAUUUUGAGAGAUAUAAAUGCUGAGGAAUACUGGUCAUUUUUUCUGAAUUGUGCCUCUGCUGAAAACAAUCCUGAACUACAUGAUAUAGGAAGGCGCAUAGUGAAAAAGCUAAUGGGAAUACCAUUAGCAGCGAAUACAGUGGGAAAGCUUCUUGGAAAACAUCUAACUAAGGAGCAUUGGAAUUAUGUAUUGGAAAAUGAUUUGUGGAAAUUAAAAAAUGAUGCACAAGAUAUCAUGCCUGCACUUGCAUUGAGUUACUAUCAUUUACCUCAACAUCUACAACUAUGCUUUGCCUUUUGUUCGGUGCUUCCUAAAAAUCAUACAUAUAAUGUGGAUGAAGUUAUUAGUAUGUGGAUAGCCAAUGGGUAUAUACAUGAAAGCAGUAGUUCAAAUGCAAUGAAUGAUAUAGGAAGACAGUAUUUUGAUGAAUUAGUGGCAUUAUGUUUCUUUUAUGAUUUUUUCGGUGACUCUAAAUUGUUCACAAUGCAUGACUUAAUACAUGAUUUGGCCGUAUUAGUUUCUCAUGAUGAGACUUGUAUUUAUGAGAGCAGAAACAAUAAAGAAAUUUCUGAAAAUGUCCGUCAUUUGUAUUCAGAAUGUUUGAUUGAUCUUGGGUUGGUACAUGAAACUAAUAACUUUCGCACACUUGUGUUAAAUGGAAUUUAUGACAUGCCUGCCUUCCUAAGCCAUAAAGCAUUCAGCAGAAUCCGAGUGCUAAUCAUCUGUGAUUGUGAUAUGCAAACAUUCCCGGAUGCUAUUCCUCAUCUAAAACACUUGCAACAUUUGGAUUUGAUGGAAACUGAUAUAAGAAAAAUACCAGAUUCACUAUGUAGGCUUUAUCAGUUGAGAGUGCUAAAAUUGCUUCACCCAAAGACGCUACCAAAUCAAUUUCAUAACCUCGUGAAACUUGAAAUAUUGUGCAUGUAUCAAUUCAGUUGGGACUCUUUGUAUGAUAAGCUAGAUUAUCUUGUGAAUAGAGAAAGAGGCUUCAUGGUUGCGCAAUUGAGGAAUAUGAAUGAACUAAGAGGAGAGCUGUCAAUUGAGAAUUUGGAGAACAUUGAUAAUAGGGAAGAAGCAAAAAAAGCCAAGUUGAAGGAAAAACGUCAUAUCAAGAAGUUGGGUUUACGUUGGCAUUAUACAUUGGAUGGUUCGGAGCAUGAUGUCCAGGAAGUACUUGAAGGCCUUGAACCUCAUCCUAACUUAGAAGAACUAAAGAUUAAAGGGUACAUGGGCUCCAAAACACCAAGCUGGCUUCAAAAAAUCCAGAAACUGAAAAUAAUAUACUUCAGCAAUUGCAGAAACCUGACAAUUGAGUGUGAAUCGUGUGAUGAUUCUGAGACUGAGAUGCUUCCAUCAUUGCAGCUGCUUUCAUUGAAGAAAUCAACAGUAUCAUUUACAGGCAUGGAAUCAUCAUCAUCAUCAUCUCCAACGACACCAGGGCAUCGCAAGUUAUUUCUUCAUCUUCAGAACCUCACUGUAGAGGGAUGUGAUGGAGUGAAUGGAUUACAUUGGCUUAUAGGUUCAGCACUGAAGCAGCUAGUGAUAAGCAAUAGUCCGGGCCUGGAUGACCAAUUUCCAGAAUGCCUCCGUGGCUUCUCUUCUCUUACUCAAUUAGAAUUGAGGGAGGCAAAGAUCCAAACCUUUGAUGCAGAGGUGAUGGCCACACUGCAUGCACUUGAAGAAAUACUUCUUGAAAAUUGUAAUGAGCUUUUUUCAGUGGAGGGUUUACAAGCCCUCCCUUCCCUAAAAAAAUUGUCUAUUGGUAAAUGCUCCAAAUUCAAAUUCUUGUGUAUGGAGGAGAUGACAGAGCUGCAAAAUAUACAGAUAGCAUAUUGCCAAGACCUGGAAUCUCUGCCUGUUUGGUUGCACCAUCUUCAUUUACUGAAACGAUUGUAUAUUAGCGAUUGCCCAAAGUUCCAUUCACUGCCAGAGGACGGCCUCCCUUCCUCACUUGAAGACUUGAAAAUCAUAAAUUGUAACCCAGGCUUAAUAGAACGGUGCCAACAAGUGGGGUCUCGAGAAUGGCUAAUGCUUCAACAAAUCCCUACAGGAAACUAUUUUGUUCGAAAUCUGAGUGGAUAUGAAGCAAGCAACCUCUCACAAAUUUCUCUAUGACAGAUUUACUAUAAACUUCAUUUUAAGAAUAAUAAGCAUCUCCAGAGCAAGGACAAGCAGAAUUCAAGUUUUCUUCAACAAGUGCUCAAUACUUGCUGAUCUUUAACAUGUUUCUCAGACAUAAAUUAGUAGCGUUAAUUUUCUAUCGCUCUUGAGAGAUUGGAGGCAAAUAUCAUUUGCACCACCACUGAUCUGCUGGAGCAUUCAAGUUUCAUAACACAAAUCUGAGAAGAAAUGUGGAUGAACUAUUUCAUGAUUGUCUUAUUAUUAGUGUUGAGUUGCUCUUUCUUUGUGUUAAUUCUGUUGCUAAUCUAAAUAAAGGUGGUGAUUGUAUUUCAAUAAACCUUAAUUCCACUAAACGAGAGGUAGUUGUUCAAAGCAGAAGAAAGAGGUGUAUGAUUUGUUUUGUACUUUUUUAUUGCCUAUAUUUUUCUUGUUUGCCGUGAGUUCUCACUAUAAUAAAAG